AUGAAGCUUGUCAUUGCUUCUCGCAAUCCCAAAUCAGCCAAGUUUCCUAUUACUUUGGAACUCAACGGUACACCUGGUACCAUCAGAACGAGUGAUGUCAAUAAGGCUAUUCAGCAAAAGUUUCCAGUGUACUAUCCUGAUCGACAACGCUUGACCACAGAAGACAAAAAGCCAUUGCACGUGGAAAAGAGUUUGCAAGAGCAAGGCAUUGAAGAGAACGCAACUAUCUACUUUAAAGAUCUCGGAGCUCAGAUCGGUUGGCGUACGGUUUUUUUGAUUGAAUAUUUUGGUCCUAUUUUGAUACACCCAAUCGUUUAUUAUUUGCCCAAGCUCUUUUACGGUUCGAGCUUUGUGCAUUCACGAAUGCAAACUGCUACCUUUUAUAUGGUAGUGGCCCACUUUAUCAAGCGUGAGUUGGAGACAUUAUUUGUACAUCGCUUUUCUCACGGAACGAUGCCUUUCCGUAACGUGUUCAAAAAUUCUGCCCAUUACUGGCUACUUUCAGGUAUUAAUCUGGCCUACUGGGUUUACGGACCUUGGUUCGCUCAAGGCAGAAAUGCUGCUGUCCGUAGUGAUGUAUGGCUUUAUGGCUGUGUUGCCGUUUGGGCUUGGGCAGAACUGUCUAAUCUCAUGACUCAUAUUACCCUUCGCAAUUUGCGUCCUCCUGGAACUCGUGUCCGUGCUAUUCCUUAUGGUUACGGCUUUGAUUUAGUAUCCUGUCCCAACUACUUUUUCGAAUUCAUCGGUUGGAGUGCAGUCUGUUUCCUCACAACCAGCUGGAGUGCUUUCUUGUUCAACAUUGUUGCUACUGGCCAAAUGUAUAUUUGGGCUGUGAAGAAGCACAAAAAUUACAGAAAGGAAUUUAGGGAAUACCCUCGUAACAGAACUGCUAUGUUCCCUUUCAUCGCUUAA